GCCGUAGCGAGUGCCAGAGACGUCACGCGAUCGCUGGACGAUGCGGUCAAAGCUUUCCAGGUGUGCGCCGCUGCUUGUUGUGCUGGCUGUCCUGGGAAGGCCUUGGCCGGCUUGGCUUUCUGUGGCACAGAGGACGCACCGGAUAGCUCGCCUACAGCGGAUGUCCCGGAGAGCAGAGACCGUUUCAAUUCCGCGGUCAGAGAAGUUGCGCGCGCUGCAAGUGCUGGGGCUGGAUGCCACGGACCCCGCGAUGGCUGAGGUGAAGAAGGCCUUCAGGCGGAAAGUUGCUCGGCUUCAUCCUGAUCUCAAAGGUGGAUCGGAAUCGGCCGAGUUCCGGAAAGUCCUCGAUGCCUACGCUUUGCUCAGCGGGCGACGUCCCAGUACAUCAGCCGAAUCAGCUGAUCCCUUCACGGGGUUUGACUUGAGACGGUCGACCAGGGGGAAGACAGAAGCUGAGCGGGAGGCAGAGUUCCAGAGGCCUGGCAAUUGGCGCUGGGAUCAAAAUGCUGGGUACAAUCCUGGCGAUCUCGAGGAGGUCUGGGCAGAGAUCGGCUACAACCCAUAUACCGGUGAAUACCGUGAGCUACCGGAACAUGACUUCGAGGAAACCGAUUGGAUGCCAGAACCAGAGCCUGUGCGCACUCCGAGGUCAAAGACGCAGCGGAGGUCUUCCAGGUUUGGGAUCGCUCGGGCCAGUGACAUUCCGGAGCCCCUUCCAUUGGCGCAGAUCUUCGGAUACUUGCUGGUUGCUGCAGUAUCCUUAUUUUUCGUGCUGGCUCCGGAGCAGUUGUUGCCUGAGGAAGAGCGUGAGAAGCGGCUAGAAGAGUUGGAAGAGAAGGAGCGAGUGAGACUGGAGCAGCAGGAAGAGCGAGCAGCUCUGGAGAUCCUUUGGCGGCAACGACUGCAAAAGUGGCAGAGAGAGGAGAUGCAGGGCUUGUCGGAAUUCGAACCAGUCGACGAACUCGCCAUGUUGGACAGUGCAACCGGCGAGACUGGUAGCCUGUUUGCUCCAGAUGACAAUCAGAAAAGUUAAGCCGAAGUAGAGCUGCCAUUUACUUCGGAGUGUACAGUGCCUGUUUAUGAUAAUGACGUUGGAGGACACAAGUUCCAGAGCCCCACACCUUUACUGUCAAAAUCCGGAAUCUUUGAGAUUCAAUUUGCACAGCAAUUUGCAAUGCAACUCACAUGCUUUGCAAUCACGCCCAGAAGGAAAA